AUGCCGUGGUUAAGCAAUUGGAAGUAUCCUCUACCAGAGGAGGACCUUAUAUCGUGGACGUUCGACCAUUGCGACUAUGAUCGCGACAAGCCUGUGAGAAAUUCAAGCCUUCGAAAUAUAGCAAAGAUAUCUUUCAAUCACCUUCUAACAAGUUCGCAGAUAUACAUCGACCUCGACACUCCUACACGCACCCUUUCCUGGACGCAAUCCCGCCAACUUGUUCGCAAACUAUGCGCAGGCUUCCAUGCCGCCGGUCUCCGCCAGGGAGAUUGCGUGAGCAUCGCCUCCUUCAACGACAUCAUGUACUGCAUCGCCUUCCUCGGUAUCGUCGGCUCAGGAGGCGUCUUCUCAGGAAGUAACCCGGCGUACACUCCAUACGAGAUUGCUCAUCACGUCAAGACGGCCAAGGUCAAAUUCGUGCUCGUCGAACCCGAGCUCUUGGAGACCGUGCUAGAAGGCACCAAAGGCGUCGUGGACCGGAAGAAUAUCUUCAUCUUCAACGUCCGCGGCCAGCCUUGCCCGGAAGGUUUUAGGUCGUGGGAGUGGUUGCUGCAGCAAGGCGAGUCCGACUGGGUGCGCUUCACUGGCGAGGAGAAGUGUCGUAGCACAGCAGUCGCCAGGCUGACGACCAGCGGCACCACCGGUCCGCCGAAGAUGGCGGUGCAGAGCCACUACAACGCCACGAGUUGGUACACCAUGACUUCCGAAAUCAGCGUGCCAGAAUGGGAGAUUCGGAACCUAUUCCCGUUGCCACUCUUUCACGUCGCGACUGUGCCAGCGGUACACUGCGGUCCGCUGAGGAGAGGACAUGUAGCGUAUAUCAUGCGGAGAUUCGAACUGGAGCCGUUCCUGGCCGCGGCGGAAAAGUACCGUAUUACGGUGCUGGGUUUCGUGCCACCGCUGGUCAUCGCGAUCAUCAACUCGCCGCUGCGACAUAAGUACUCGCUCAAAUCGGUGCGACGAGCAGGAUGUGGUGCGGCGCCGUUGGAUCGGGAAUCCGGAGAGAGGUUGAAAGCGUUGUGUGCGGAUGACUGCACUUUUACGCAAGUGCUGGGGUCGACAGAGACGACGGGAGUGUUUACUUGCUUCUACUAUCCGGACGAGGACGACACCGGGAGCGUUGGUAAUACGAUCCUGCCGAAUUCGGAUGUCAAGUUGAUCGACGAUGACGGCAACGACAUCACCGAGUUCAACGUCGAAGGAGAGAUGUGUGUCCGCGGCCCUACGAUCGUACCAGAGUACUUCGAGAAUCCGAAAGCCAACGCCGAAUCCUGGGAUGCAGAGGGCUACUUCAAAACCGGCGAUGUCGUGUACUGCGAUCGGGAGACCAAAAAGUGGUACAUCACAGAUCGCAAAAAGGAACUCAUCAAAGUUCGCGGCUUCCAAGUAGCACCUCCUGAGCUCGAAGGCGUGCUACUCUAUCACCCCGACAUAGUCGACGUCGCAGUCAUCGGUCUUCCCGCGCCUCCCAACUCCGAUGCCGAGCGACCAAGAGCGUACGUCGUUCGGCGACCCGGGUCAAGCAUCUCAGAGGACCAAGUGAAAGCUCUCAUCACCGAUAAGCUUGCGUCGUACAAGAAAUUGACGGGAGGCGUGCUGUUCGUGGAUGAGAUCCCGAAGAGUGCGAGUGGGAAGAUUUUGAAGCGGGUCCUCAGGGAUGAGGCCGCGAAGGAGGCGGUUGCUGGGGUAGGCAUUAUGAGGGCUUCGAAGUUGUAG